CAUGCAUAUUUGUAGUGCAACUAGCGGCAGCUCUCCAUCGCCCGGCAUGGCUCCCAAGGAUAACUUGUCCGCCGUUCUGUACGGCAUCAACGACAUGAGAUUGGAGCAGAGGCCAGUUCCUGUACCAAAAGACAAUCAGGUCCUCUUGCAGAUGGAAGUUGUCGGAAUUUGUGGGUCAGAUGUACACUACCUCGUAAAUGGAGGAAUUGGUCCUUUCGUCCUCAAAAAACCCAUGGUCAUAGGUCAUGAAGCUUCCGGUACCGUAGUACAAGUAGGAAGUAAAGUAACAAAUCUCAAACCAGGUGAUCAAGUAGCCAUCGAACCUCAGGUACCAUGCCGUAUAUGUUGGUACUGCAAAACAGGAGAUUAUCAUCUUUGCCCUGACAUAUUCUUCUGCGCCACUCCUCCAGAUGACGGUAAUCUGUCUAGAUACUACGUCCACGAUGCCGAUUUCUGCUACAAACUUCCUCCAAACAUGGAUCUGGAGGAUGGAGCCCUCAUGGAACCCUUGUCAGUAGGAGUCCACGCCUGUAAAAAGGGUAAUAUCAAGAUAGGAGAUGUCUGUCUGGUUCUUGGUGCAGGUCCUAUUGGUCUGGUGACUUUACUUGCCGCUAAGGCAAUGGGAGCCUCAAAAGUUGUUGUUACGGAUGUAAUCGAUUGCAAGCUCGAGAUGGCCAAACAGUUAGGAGCCGACUUCGUCAUCAAAACCUUAAAUCUUAGUGAGGAGGAAGUGGUAAACAAGAUAAAGGAACUAUUAGGGGAAGAACCGACUGUUAGCUUCGAUUGCUCGGGAGCAGAGCAAGCUGUUAGGGUUGCUCUAACAGUAACAAGGACGGCAGGAAAGGUAGUUCUGGUAGGUUUGGGCAAAUUUGAAAUGACAUUGCCUUUGACCAGUGCUUUGAUUCGUGAGGUAGACAUCAGGGGAGUUUUUAGAUACAACAACGAUUACCCUACAGCCAUUGAGAUGGUCAGAUCGGGAAAAAUAAACGUGAAACCUUUGAUCACCCAUCACUAUACCCUCGAGGACACCCUCAAAGCCUUCCACACCGCCAAGACUCAAGAGGGCAAUCCGAUAAAAGUAUUAAUCCACGCCAAUCCAAACUGGAAACCCUAAAUUUUCUAUUCUUUUGGUUUAUAUUAAACUCUUGUACUUAUUUUAAAUAAAUAGUUUGUUAACUAAGGUUCCUACUAA